AUGUCAAUGCCUACGGAUCCAGUAGUAUCAAAUAAUGAAAAGUUACCCCAUGAGGACAAUGAUAACAACGGGAUAUUUGGCAGAAUUAUAAAUAAAUCAAAAGUUUAUCCCCUGGAAGAAUAUACUCAUUCAGAAAUCCGCAACGAUCAUGUCAACGAGAAAGUUUUGCCAGUAGAACUUGAGGAAUCAAGAAAAAUUGUUACCGUUCCGAAACAACAAAAAUCUCUAUUCAGGCGGAAUUUUAAAGAAACUCUUAUUCUAAGCGCAGCUAUUUCAACUAUAGCAUUGUCCUUUGUUGGUGUUACUGUAUAUUAUAUUCUAUCUUACUCUCGUCCCGAACUUGUCUAUACUAAUAUGAUUUGGCGACAUGGCGAUCGAGCACCCGCACAUUAUUUUCCAAACUUUACUGAAAAAUAUAUGAUAGCCUUUCCACGAGGCAUGGGAAAUUUAACAAAAAUAGGUGCCGAGCAAGCGGAACAGUUAGGUUUAUUGUUACAACGUCGUUACAUUAACCCUGGAAACAUCACAUCGAAACAGAUUUAUAUUCGUAGUACAGAUGUCCAUCGUACUAUCGAAACUGCACAACAUGUUCUAAAAGGAAUGUCUUUUCCUGACACAAGAAUUAACGUCGAAUUAACGACCAAUGUCGAUACGGCCGGUAAUCCAUUUUUUGAUUGUCCUGUUGCAACUCAAUUUGUUUUGGAUCAAGAGGAAAAAUAUUUUCUACGAGAAAAUUUCAGCGAGAUAUACGAAUUAAUGCAACAAGAGCUGAAUUAUAAUAGUUAUUCAUAUUAUUUAUUCGAUACUCUCAAUUGUCUGAAAGCACAUGAUUUAGCAUUACCAAACUGGCUGAGGAGUGAUGAAUUGUACGAGAAAUUGAAAUUUCUGAGUUGGUAUGGUGUAGAAGCACAGUUUGGUAUAGGACCAUACGAUAAUAAAUUGCAGAGAAAGAUUCGAGGUGGAAGUUCUCUUCGUGGUGUUGUUAGCCGAAUCGCGUGUAAAGUAAAUUAUUCAGAAUGGUCAUCAGUUGAUUCUUGUGAAGAAAAGUUUUACGGACUAUCAGCACAUGACAUGACAAUUGCUGCACUACUGUCAACAUUUAGCGACAUACAUUCUAUUUUGGGCAAAUCUCCAUUAAUUGGUUACGGAGCCAAUAUUGCAUUUGAAAUUUGGAGAAUUGACAAUUUAUAUAAAAUGAAAAUCAUGUAUGCAAAUCAGUGGGAUGCAAAUCCACAAGAUAUAACUCAGUUUGCUCCGGGAUGUGAGGAUUCGAUCAAAUUUUGCAAUGUUACCAAAUUCAUUGAGCAUUCGAGGGAACUCUUUUUCGAUAACGUUCAAGAGGCAUGCUUGAAGGGUAGUGAAAACUUGAUUUCACAUGUAAUCAGAAGAUCGACGAAUACCGAUGAAGUAAUUGAUCUCAUUCAAAUGUACUGA